CGCGCGGAGGCUGCGCAGGCGGCCAUCGCGGGCAUGGAGGGUCGCCCCGGGGGCCGCGGGCUGCCCCGUGAGGAGCAGGCCGAGGAGGCCGAGCCGCCGGACCUCGCCUGGAGCGGAGACAGUGGCAACGUGUCGCAGAGUCAGAGCAGCGCCUCGGGCCCGUGGGAGGAGCCGGGCGCAGAGGACGGCGCGCCGGGCCGCGACCUGCCCCUGCUGCGCCGCGUCGCCGCGGGCUACACCGCCGGCCUCCUGCCCGGGCCCGGAGCGCGGCCCGAGGUCGAGGCCCUGGACGCCAGCCUCGAGGACCUGCUGGCCAGGGUGGACGAGUUCGUGGGCAUGCUGGACAUGAUCCGCGGCGACUCGUCGCACGUGGUCAGCGAGGGGGUGCCGCGCAUCCACGCCCAGGCCGCCGAGAUGCGGCACGUGUACGGCAGGAUCGACAAGCUCGAGGCCUUCGUGAGGGGCGUGGGCAGCAGCGUGGCCAGGAUGGAGGAGCAGGUCACCAGGGCCGAGGCCCAGCUGGGCGCUCUGCCCCGCGCCUUCCAGAAACUCCUGCACGCCGUGAGCGUGCCCUCCUUCUUCCACAGGGCGCCCCCCGCGAGGCCUCCGCCUGCCGGCUACGAGCCCCCCGUCCUGUUCCGGACCGAAGACCACUUCCCAGGCUGCAGCGAGAGACCGCAGCUCUGAGCCCGCCGACCACCACCGCGGCACGACCCCAUCGAGAUCUCAUCUCGAGCGCCCACUGAGCUCAGGAAACAUCGUUUUCGUGCACCCAGCUGAUGUCCGAGUAUGGGAUGUUAAGGCUGACUUUCUGCACACACUCCUUCUCAGUGAAUUCCUUAUUCCACGUAGACCGUGUAGAGCUUCCAUGUCUUCCAGUUCUAAUCCGAAAGCUGCUUGGUGUGGGGAUGGGGAAGCAAAAGGAAUGACUUUAUCAGGGCACUGUAGCAAAGCUGUAAUUUUUGUGGAUUUUACAAUUCAACUAACAGUAUUGCCUUUUCAAGAUUUACAUAUUUAUAUAAUGGUAAGAAAAAUGGCUGAGAUAUUAAAGCCUUGUUAUUAUUCAGUCCUAAUAGCGAUUCAGUUUCCUGUAAACUACUUUUAGGGUAGAUGGUACAUUAUUUAGCAUUGUAUUAAACAUUCCAUAGCAUGGAUUGUAAACCGAAAUGAUCCAGUUUCUGGGAAAAUAUAUUGAUUUUUUUUUUCCCACUGGUUCUGAAGUUGUAUGUGAAAGUAUGACCUUAGUUUGUCCAUAACAAAUAUAUAUGGUUG